GCGUCAACAGGCAAACCCAUCGGUGGCCUAUCCAACCCGAUAUCCCACCCCUGCUACUAUUAGUUGUUUUGCAGGAUGUGUUUCUUUUCCUUUUCAAUAUUGGGGAGGCCGCAAAAGAAAUUCAGAAGGAGAGGAGUCUUACUCUCCCCUCUUAGUUUAAAUCUCUGGCCACUGCCCAUUUGGCAUUUUCCCACGAUCCAAUCAAGAGUCCCCCUCUCUUGGUUUACAUCGAUCACCCCUAUAGCAAUGGAGGUUUUCUGCCGCACCAGACCAAGUCCUUCUUCCCCAAACCCUCUCUUUAUUUACUCCCCGCCUCCUCCCUUCAAACCUUCAUCAUCAUCCUCUAAAUCAAACCUUCUAUGCUCAUCCAUCCAUGACGAUCGACGUAGACCUCUCCUCCGUCGCCGAUCUCGAAGCAACAUGCUCCGAUCUCCGGAAGCUCCUCCACACAUCGUCCAAGAUGGAGGACAUCCUCCGGAAGAUGGACAACCGGUUCGAAGUCAUGGACGAGAACCUCGCCACUGCCGCCAGGCGGAUUGCUCCGCUCCAAUCCCUAGCCAUGGCGUCCAAGGCUCUCGACACCAGGAUCAACCGAGCCGUCUCCCCUGCUUUCUCGCUCCUUGAAGGCUUCAAGCGCUCGGAAACGCUCCAGCGGCAGUUGAUUGACCUGUCGGCGAAGUUGGAGUCCGAGAGGAAGCCGAAGAAGCGGCUGAGGCUGCUGCUCAAAUUCGUCGACUACGUCGACGGGCUGAAUUCGACGAUCAAUUCGAUUAGCCAGGACGGCGAGCCGGCGAUUCAGAAGCUGCAGGAAGUUGUGGAGUUUCUGAGCAGGACGAAGGCGACCGAUCAUUUCCGAGCUCAUCGAUUGAGGGAAACUCUCGUCACGCUCAAGGCGCUGUACGAGACGGAAGUCGACGCCAUGAAAUUCGAAGGGUUCUUGGAUCAGGCCCUCCUGAAUUUGCAGGAUGAGUAUGAGACGAUUCUCCAGCAGCUUCGGCACCAGAAUUUGGGGGAUUUGCGAGGGGAGGAAGAUGAGCCGGAAUCCAAUCCGUCUACUGACCUUGGCACCGAUCUCGAGCUCGAAAUCCUGCAGCGGAUUUCCGAGAUCCUCUGCUCUAACGAUUGCUUGGAUAUCUGCAUCGAUAUCUUCGUCAAGGUGAGGUACAGAAGGGCAGCGAAAGCAUUGAUGCGGCUGAAUCCGGAUUACCUGAGGACUUACACGCCGGAAGAGAUCGAUGAUAUCGAGUGGGAAACAUUGGAGAAUGCGAUAAGCCUAUGGAUUCGGCACUUCGAGCUUGCUCUAAGAACCGUUUUCAUAUCGGAGAAGAAGCUCUGCAAUCGGGUUCUGGGAGGGAUUCUGGACGGAGCUGUUUGGCUUGAAUGCUUCAUCAAGAUCGCCGACAAAAUCAUGGCGGUUUUUUUCCGGUUCGGGGAAGGCGUGGCGAGGAGUAGCAAAGAGCCGCAGAAGCUGUUCAAGCUUCUGGACAUGUUCGAUUCCCUGGAGAGCCUGAAAUCGGAAUUCACCGCCAUUUUCGAAGGGGAAGCUGGACUGGACAUCUGUAUAAGAUACAGGGAGCUGGAGAAGCUUCUGGUUCACUCGUCGAGCAAAGUUUUCUGGGAGUUUGGACUUCAGAUCGAAGGAAACUCCGACGGAUUCCCUCCGCCUCAAGACGGAUCUGUGUCGAAGCUCGUGAGGUAUGCAAUCAACUACCUCAAGUACCUAGCAACGGAAGCCUACAGCGUCCCCAUGGCCAAGGUUCUUCGAACGGAGCAGAUCUGGAAAGCCGGGAUUCUGUCCAAACCAGAAUCCGACGAGAAUUUGCUCCAGGAAGCCAUUACCAACAUCCUCGAAGCUCUUCAACGCAACAUCGAAUCGAAGCGGUCGAGGUACAAGGACAAAGUUCUUCCUCACAUUUUCGCGAUGAACACCUACUGGUACAUUUACAUGAGGACUCGAAAUACGGAGCUGGGGAAGUUGCUCGGGGAGCAGUACAUGAAGCAGAAGUACAAAUUCGUCGCCGAGGAAUCCGCGUAUCUGUAUCAGAAGCAGGCGUGGGGCCCGCUGGUGAGGCUUCUGGAGGCGGACGAUGUGAAGAGGCAGGGGAAUUUGCAGGAUUCGGCGAUGGGCGCCGCCGUGAGGGCGAAAGUGGAAGGGUUUCUCAAGGCACUGGAGGAGACGGCGGAGCGGCACAGGGCGUCGUACACCAUUCCCGACGUCGUUUUGAGGGAGCAGAUUCGGGAAGCGACGGUGAAGGUUGUCGUUCCGGCUUACUCGGAUUUUCUGAGCAAUUAUACCCGGGUUACGCAGGGGAAGAAUUUUCCGAGCUCGGAGUCGGUUCAGGCGAUGGUGUGUCGUGUUUUUAACAACGGGGAGCAGUACCCGGCGGCCGGAGAAGGGAAGUUGAGGCCGCGGAGUUCGAAAGGCCGGUCGACGAAUGCCGGCGGUGGGGGGAGCGAGGCAGGAUCCGCUGACUUUGAGCGUAAGGAUUUUCGACGGUCGAGAUCGAUUAGAUCGUCUGCCAGCGAUCAGUUGGACGGCUGAUGUGAGUGGUUCUCGUGUGGGGUCUUUCUUCCUGCCCCUGGACCCCACCGUAUUACGCACGAUUCUCUGAUCUUCUAUUUUCCCACUCUUUUUUUAUAGUUUUUUGUCAAUACAUGGGUUGGUGCCGUUUUGUGAUUUUGUCAUUUGGCGCCAUCUCAUGCUUUUUGUCAUGCCUCGGUGGAGUCGUGUGAAAUUUCCAGGUUGUAACUUGUGAUUACUUACAAAUAGUUUCUAUCCCUCGCUGUGUUUUUAAUGUUUGUAGAAAUAAAAGAAAGUAGCAGACUCCUUGGUCCAUAAGUACUUUAACGCAAAAAAAUAUAGAAUUAGGUCAAUCAUCCAAGAUUGCACUUGAGAAAGACAAUUCGAUUCAGUUAGCAAACUCUAUUUUAUUAUGAAGCUUGUUUAAGCCUUGGUGCCUCGUCACCAAACACACGCCCUCAAUGCUUGGCGCCUGCCUACACACACGAACACAGAGGAGGUGCCCGGGUCUGUUAGUUCUCCGACGAUCAAGUCAGUUUCUUCCUAGAGAGAGAAGUGCUUGGAGAAUGAGUUUUAGUGAGAGAGUCCAACCUGUGUAAAUGUUACCAACUGCCCCUAUUUAUACUCAACCAACUCGAGGUGGAUCUCCCUCCAUGUCAUCGUCGCAUUUAAUGUUUUGUACUCACAUUCCUGUCAGAAGCCUCAACCACUUGCCAGUCUGGACUUCUUUUGGCCUUUAGCGCUUUAUCUUCAUGCCUCUUCCUCCUGGUAUGGAGUGGGCUUCGCGGGUCCAUUGCGGACUUCUUCUGCUGGAUAAUUGCCUAAGGCCACUCUUUACUGAAUGGGCCCUUUCUUGGGCCUUUCUUUGAGCCCCUCUAGUGGUACCCCCAACAAAGCUUAUGUUUGCGG